GCACAUGAUUGGUUCGUGAUCCGACGACCGUGCAUAUUCGACGAUUGGCUCAUUAGCAUUUCUUUUGUAUUAUUUUUUAAAGCUUCUCUCACUGAUCCCUGAAAUGAGAUGGGAUUCAGAUUCACACUUAUCGUCUCAAUAGGAAGCACAGACAAGGAUGGGAAACGAGAGAGUGGUAUUGGUAGUCGCUGUGAGUGCAGCGAUUGCCGUGGGAAUCGGAGUAGGUGUUCUGAUCGGGUGGUACUCGGGUCCCGAUCGAGUGACGAAUACAUACGAGAAUGCCCGAAGAGAGGCCGAUGAAGCGAUUUCGAGUAAGCUCAUAAACGAAAUGAAUGGUCAGAACUGCAGGGACGUGUUAUGGGCAUUAACACGAGAUCCCCACGUUGCAGGAACGCCACAGAACAAGAAACUAGCUGAUGACAUCCUGGCUAAUUGGACAAGCUAUGGAUUUGAAGCGAAUAUCUACGCUUACAACGUCUUACUCUCAUUUCCAUCAACGGUAGAGGGAGAAGACAACGCGAUCAAAGUCUUCAACGGGAGCGACGUGAUCUUCCAGAGUCAGUUAAAAGAGGCUCCAUUAGACGAUCUAUCCCGGGAAAAAGAGGACCUUAUUUUACCUCCCUUCAACGCUUAUUCUGCCUCGGGCGUACUCUCGGGCGAUCUUGUGUAUGUGAAUUAUGCUCAACUCUCAGACUUUGAAGACCUGCAAGACCUCAAUCCUCCCGUCAACCUUACUGGCAAGAUCGCUAUUGCAAGAUAUGGUAAAUUAUACAGAGGAGACAAGGCUAAGUUCGCUGCACAGUUUGGAGCAGCAGGUUUGAUCCUGUAUUCCGACCCCAAGGAUUAUGCCGUUGAGGGCGCUGAAACAUAUCCUGAUGGUUUAUACCUACCUGGUACUGGAACACAGAGGGGUAGCUGCUUAGAUGGCAACGGUGACCCUCUAACUCAAAGCUAUCCUGCAAUAGAGAGUGCCUAUCGUUUACCCAUGGAGAAGUCUACCAUGCUCCCCACCAUCCCAAUCCAUCCCAUUGGAUACGACGAUGCCAAACUAUUGCUUGAGAAAAUGGGUGGAGAGCCCGUAGAGGACGAAUGGGCGGGUGGUCUAGACUUGACCUACAGAUAUGGCCCAGGAUUUAGAGAGGAAUACGAACAAAUGGAGGUGACAAUGAGCAUCUACACCAAAAACCAGAUGGCAUAUGGAUGGGAUGUGAUCGGAGUAAUCAGAGGAAGCGUUGAACCAGAUCGUUAUGUAUUGAUUGGUAACCAUCGUGAUGCUUGGGGUUUUGGUGCCAUUGAUGCUGGUAGCGGUACAACUGCCAUGCUUGAGAUCAGCAGGGCCAUGAGUGUACUGGUAGAACAAGGCUGGAGACCUCGUCGUAGCAUCAUGUUCUGUAGCUGGGGUGCCGAAGAACAAGGCUUGAUUGGGUCAACAGAAUGGGUUGAGGAAUUCGCUAAGAAUUUGGGAAUAAGAGCUGUAGCUUAUUUAAAUCUUGAUGUUGCCAUGGAUGGUACGUAUGUCCCUAAUAUAGCUUCCACACCGAAUCUGAAUAGACUGAUUUAUGAAGCAACAAAGAAGAUCCCUGCUCCCGGCGAUGACACAAACACGAUGUAUGAUCUGUGGAAAGAACGUGGGGAAAGUGGCACCGAUGGGGAACCAAGUAUUGGUACUCUUGGAUCUGGCUCUGAUUAUGCACCGUUCUUACAGAUAGCUGGAAUAUCGGCAAUGGACUUCACGUACACAUACAAUAGGGAAGCAACACCCGUGGCAUCUUAUCCCUGCUAUCACUCCGUCUAUGAGACCUUCGAACUCGUCGACAAGUACUACGACUCGCAGUUCAGGUACAUCCUGGCGGCUGGUCGUCUCUACGGCGAGGUGAUGAGACAACUUGCAGAUAAUGUCAUUCUUCCUAUGGAUCCGUUAGAUUACGCCGUGACGGUGGCUGGAUACUGGAACAGCCUCCAAACAGGAUACAUCGGUAUACAGAUGGACGCAAACGGCAUAGACUUCACCUAUAUGCUUUCGGCAGUGGGCAACUUUACCUCAGCCGCAACAGAUUUCAACGCUCAGCUCGAGAAUAUCAACAAAGAUGAUCUUUUAGCUGUACGUCGAGUGAAUGAUCAGCUGAUGUACCUUGAGAGAGCCUUUAUUGAUCCUAUGGGUCUAACCGGAAGACCAACAACUAAACAUGUUGUAUUUGCACCCAGUAGUGCCAACGCUUACGCAGGCGAAAAAUUCGCCAGCAUUGUCGAUGCCAUGUACAACAUCCAAGAUCUCCCCGCCGAUCAGGAGCAAUGGGAACUCGUCAAAAAAGAACUCUCAAUCGUCACGUACUUAGUGCAGUCAGCGGCCGACUCUUUGAAACCGGUUGCGUUUCAGCCCCAGUAUUAAAGAGGCCAACUCGUUAAAUUUAAUACUUUCACAGUGUCAUGCAAACGAAAUAUUUAUCAGAACACAUUUUGCUACCAUUUAGUCCUUUAGGUCGGCGACCAAUUCGCUCUUUGUUGCUAAAAAGAUAUUACUCAAAUUGGGAAAAUAAAUCUGAAAGGUCGUCAUCGCUGCAUUAUUGGGUAGCUUUCCUUUUUUUUUUUUUACUUCAAAUGAGAAGACUAACUUGGAAAACCAUGAAAAAAAAAUCGGCGCAUGUCUGAAUGUAAACCAUAUUGGACUUUGAUGCAUCCAUUCGGAUGAGAGAUGAGUGGAUUGACACUGGGUUUGGGAUUGGGAGUUAGGGUUCCUCUGUUAGCUUUGGGAAAUAGACCUUCCUAACAUCAAAGUCCAAUCAGGUGCCGUUUCGUAAAGCUUUUCGUAAGAUAAGAGCAACUUAAAAAAAAGACUGGUGAUCCUUUUUCAUGUGGUAAAUGAUAUUCACCACAAAAUGUUCAUUGGUAAUUAUCUCGUAGAAAGGGUUUCCAGUCGUUCUUUAAGUCACUCUUAUUUUAUGAACAUCUUUGUGAAACACCCACCUAUGCCCCGUCCUACAAAGAGUUGCGAUUGAUCCGAUCAAUCGCAACUAUGGAAAGCCAGCAAAGUCGACAUAUGAAAUGCAUGUUUGUUCAAAAGAUUUUCUAGAUAUGAAUGUAUAUCCAUGAAUUCAUUGAUUUUUUGACAAAUUGGUGUGUUUUCCUUUGUUUACAAAGGAAAUUGUGCAAAUUUCCUGUAGAAAAAAUUAUGACACUGAUUGAUUUCCAAAGAGUUACGAUUGAUUGGAUCAAUCGUAACUCUUUGUAUAAAGACGGGGCCCAGGACUAGUCUGAAUGCCACAGCUAUGAGCCAACGCUAAAUAUUCACACGGACACAUUUUCUGCAGUCGGGUUUAAUUCAAAUUUUGGUUUAAAGUUAUGGUUUUGCUAUGGAUAGCCAAUUAUUGUGACACCAAUAUCUAACAGUACGGAUUGAAUUUACUCAUUUGACAGCAAAGUCCUUCAUAACUUAUUGCGAAAUAUAAUAGGAUAGUUGUCUUCACCAUUAAAGGAUGAGGGAAAGAAUGGGUAAACACAAAAAAUAUUCAAUGAAAUCAAAUUUUUUGACAUUUUGGCUUCUCAUAAUUUUUUUCAGAGUUAGACCAUGACCUAAGUUAAACUGGGCUUCAGAAUACGGGCAAUAGAGUAUGUUUUUCUUUUCCAUUUAGAAUCAUUCUCCAAUAUUUCUCUUUUAUAGAGAUUUUGUUAUCAGAAUAAUAUAAAGCAAAUUGAUUUGUGCGUUUCGCGUUGCAUGACUGACGCAUGGGGCUAGGUCUGUAGUUUUGUGUACUUGAUUAACGCGAACGAUCAUAUCGACGUACUCUAAAUGAUAUAUUUUACUAAUAAUGCAUAUUUAUGAAUGUGUGUUGGCAAUGCUGUGCACUCGAGGGUUUUUUCGUGUUAUUGCGAAUACCUGAGAUACCUGCAUCGUCAAUAACACCAUGAAUUUAAAAAUGUGCAUUAUUUGUUUUAUAAAACGGGUGGGCAUUGUAAAGUUGUAGUGGAAAGGUGCUGCAAAAAAUGAAUAGUGCUGCAUAAAAAAAGUGCACGGCUGGGAGGUUGUGUAAAAUUAAAGCAUGAACACGUGACUUGUAUACGCGCUCACUAUUGGCUGCAUCCUUGAACCCGUUUUAUACAAGUCGUUAGCAAAAGGUAUAACACUUUACAAAUAGUAUUUGACAUAGCAAAACGUUUCGCCGUGUAUGUGCAGUGUACAAUAAAGCAAUACAGUAAGCAGUACGUAUAUCAGAUUUACAGAUUGGUUGUAUUUUGGAAAAGAUUUUCUGUAUAUAUAUAUGAUUUAUGGGGAUGUGGGUAUAGAUUGAUUGUACAGGAAACAAACAUUAGUCCCCUAUGUCUUUUACCAAGUUGGAAACCGGGUUAUUCAAAUUCAUCUUCAUCUAAGUUUCUGUCAAAAGGUUAAAGCACAUUUUGUCCAGAAUUCAAUGUUAUUUACAUGUCUGUACAAAUAAAUAUUUUAUAUCAAGUUCACAGUAACCAUACAACGUUUACUUUAUUCAAUUUCAUAGUUGUGUUGGUUCGGAAAAAUGACUUUAAUAUACAUCAUCAGUUUUUUUUAGAUAGAAAUCAUCUUUGAUGUUGUUGUUAUAUACCAACCCACCAAACACUUAAUCCUACACAUUUACUAAUUGCUUGUCCAUGCAUGUAAUAUAGCUUCCAUUUGUAUUUGGAAAAAUAAAUAAAUGGCUAAAAUGAUGAAUUUUAAUGACGAAAUGAAAUUAAACUGAUCGUUACUUUCUGUACAUUAAUGAUGCAUUUUCGAUAAUAAAAACGAUGAUUAUAAAUAAA